AGUGGAGGGAAGCGCGAGAGAGAGAGAGAGAGAGAGAGAGAAGUGGUCAUGGUGUGUCCUCAUCCAGGUCAUGAAUCUCUUCUCUGUUUCUAAUCCAAACCCUAACCCUAACCCUAACCCUAGUUCCAUGGCAAUGCUCGGGCGCUACCCCACGAACGACUACGGAGAGGAGCGAGAGAGCCGGUUUGGUUGCCCCUUCACCAUCUCCUCGCCUCUUGUCCUCCCCUCCCACUCACAGGAUGUGAGAGAGAACGAUGAGAGUGGGGAUGAUGGGGGUAACCAAUUCUCCGUUCUUACCGCCUUGGUGGAUGGGCUGAGGAAGUCGAUUGUGUGCGGCGCCGGCGCUGGCGAGGAUGGCGCCGCGUUGGAGAUCGGAUGGCCUACGGAUGUCCGCCAUGUCGCGCAUGUUACGUUCGAUCGAUUCGAUGGGUUUCUUGGGCUUCCUGUUGAACUGGAGCUUGAUGUGCCUCACAGCGCUCCCAGUGCCAGUGUAAGCAUAUUUGGGGUUUCUCCAAGGUCUAUGCAAUGCUCCUAUGAUGAUAAGGGGAAUAGUGUGCCAACCAUUUUGCUCUUGAUGCAGAGGCAAUUAUACUCACAAGGAGGCCUUCAGGCUGAAGGCAUUUUUAGAAUUAAUGCCGAGAAUAGCCAGGAAGUGUACGUAAGAGAACUGCUCAGUUCAGGGGUUGUGCCAGAUAGAAUUGAUGUGCAUUGCCUGGCUGGUCUGAUAAAGGCAUGGUUUAGAGAACUUCCAACAGGGGUGCUUGACUCUAUCACGCCCGAUCAGAUGAUGCACUGUAAUACUGACGCGGAAUGCUUUCAACUUGUAAAGAUGCUGCCUCCAACAGAAGCUGCAUUGCUUGACUGGGCCAUUAAUCUGAUGGCAGAUGUCGUGGAGCAUGAAGGUCACAACAAAAUGAAUGCUCGAAAUAUAGCCAUGGUAUUUGCCCCCAACAUGACUCAGAUGGCUGAUCCACUGACUGCAUUGAUUCAUGCAGUCCAGGUGAUGAACUUUCUUAGAACAUUGGUUACAAAGACACUAAGAGAAAGAGAAGACACAUCUGCAGAGGCCAGAGGUUUUGAUUCUUGCUUUCAAUCUCCUAGUAACAAGGAUGAAAUCCAUUCCUCUGAAUUUAGUGAAAGAACUUGCAAAGAUUCCCACAUGAAUCCUGCUGACUUCAAUUAUUAUGAUAGUGCUGCCUUAGGAAAGUUCUUAUUUAGCACUGAACAUGCCUUUGACAGCAAUGCUGCAGAUAAGUUCCCGAACAUGGGACUGAAAAAUGAGACUGAAGAGAUAUAUGAACUUGCUUCUGGGAAAUUUUCACCCACAAAUCGAUACAUGGUCAAUCUAGAGGAUGGCCUGAAGGCGAAAUGUCGUAACAGGGAUGUGGAAAGCUUAUUAGACAGACUAAGUUUUAAAAGAAGUGUGAGGAAGCUUUGUAGGCACCCCAUGUUUCAGUUCAGCAAGUCUGUCAAGAAAUCAGGUGAAAUUAGCGUUGUAAACUCUGGCGCAGAAGGCAGACAAUCUUGGGCAUCGUAAACUCUUUACUGGAAACCGAGUUCCUUUCUCUUCUAGUUUGUGGUUUUACAUACGUGUUUACUCACUCGCCGUUGUAAAUGUUCAGAAUGAUAAUGAUGUAUUGAAGAAACAGGAGCUUGAAUUGUAAAUUUCAGCAUAGAAGAUUAGCGUGUAUAUCAGUGUAUAAGAUGCCAUGUAGUACCAAACUUUUUAUCCGUUCUUUGUUUGUAUAUGUUGUCAAUUGAAAUUUAAAGAUGUAGCUCUUGAGUGUUGUUGAUUCA